UACAAGAGGGUCACGUGAUAUGAACAUUGGGCAUCUUGAAAGAAAAAAAACACCCCACUUACUUCUCCUCACUUCUCAACCGUCCGAUUUCAGUUGUCUUUCCUGUGAAAAAAUCAACGGUCCAGAUCUUCUCAACAAUUAUAUAUAAAUCGCUCGCACAACACACAUGUAACACCCAAAACAUCAAACACCCUCUCUCUCUCUCUCUCUCUCUCUCUCUCUCUCUCUCUCUCAUAACAAUGGCGGACAGAAGAAAGAAGAGGCAAAUCAUGAAGACAAAAGUGUCAGUAGUGAACAUACGAUGUAGAGGCACCAGUUGCAAGAAACCAAACCUCUUCGAUGUCUUCAACCCGAUCCCUUUAAAACCCAGAAAUGCCCUUCGCCCCCACCUUAAUUACAACCACUGCCACUCCUCCUCCUCCGCCACACCGUCCACCGGAACAACUAACACAGAGGAUCACUCCUCCUUCUCCACCGCCACGUCAUCCCCUCUCUCCUCCUCCUCCUCUACCGUCCGCCGCCUCCGCCGCGCCGUCGGCGAUGGAGUCGCGGUGGAGAAAGAUUCCGACGACCCUUACUUGGAUUUCCGGCAAUCGAUGCUCCACAUGAUUCUGGAGAACGAGAUAUACUCCAAGGACGAUCUGAGAGAGCUUCUCAGCCGUUUUCUCCGGUUGAACGCACCGUUUCAUCACUCCGUCAUCCUCCGUGCCUUCACAGAUAUCUGGGACGGCGUCUUCAGACCCUCCGCCGCCGCCAAACGCGCCGGUUUAUGACACGUGCGUGUCACGUGGCUUGUUUUAGUCGGACUCCGUCUAGUUUUUGUUCCCUAAUCGGACGGUAGUAAUUAAGUUUGCUUUCCUUGAAGCUAUGCGGUUCGUGUUCUUUUUUUUUCCCCCUUCAGAUUCCUCCUUCAAUGUCACUAAAAAAAAUAAAAUUAUAUUAUGCUCAUUAUUAUUGUUUAAUUAAAAACAUUUCUAACUUUUGGAAGAGUUUCGUGAAUUUUGUAUUCUAAAUUAAAAAAAAAUAAAUACAAGAUGAAAAUUAUAUGAUUUGAUAAAGAAUGUGAGUGGAUGAUUAGGUCACCUAUCAAAAGAUGAUUUGUGAGUCAGUAUAUUAAUUGCC